UUUUAGAUAACCUUCCAAACACUGCCUAACAAUUUUAACAGUCCCCAAACCUGAAACCUACGAACUCAUAGCCUCCCUCUCUCUCUCUAAGUCUAAACUGACACCUGAACUCUCUUCUCUUCUCUCUCUCUCUAGGAUGAAGCAGGCCCACCCGGAACCCACCGCUUCCGCUGCCGUCCGCCGUCAUCCUCGUAGACGAUGAAACUACCCCUUUCCUCUUCCAUCGUGUUCUUCGUCGUUACUGUUACAUUUCUUGUUUUCUUUCUCUCCCUCCCAUUGACUACUCAUGCGCUGGGUUCCGGUUCCACAAUGGCCGUCACCUCCGACUCCGUGUGCGGUAUCGUGGCGGCGAAGUCUGCUCGGAGCAUCAUAUGCUAUAAAACAAGUGGCGAGAUUAUAAGCGUCGAACCCAUCGUCUCCUUCUCCUCCAUUUCUGGCGGGCAGAACUUUUUCUGCGGCAUCCGUUCCGGUGGAUACGCUUUCCUCUGUUGGAACACAUUCAGUUCCAGUAAUAAUUUGAGUAUCAGUGACCCACAAAGAGUUUACUUCAACACUACUGUUCUAUUACAGAAUCUAGCGGUUGGUAGAACUCAUGUUUGUGGGAUCCUAAACGACACAGCCAAUGUCAAUGGCACUGGUAUCGUUAAAUGCUGGAGAGGCGAUGGCAAUAUCAGUAGCCAAACGCCGGCGGACGGUGAUCAAUUUGAGUCAAUCUCAUCUGGGUAUGGAUUUUCUUGUGGGAUUUUGAUGAAUAGUGGCAGGAUUCGUUGUUGGGGAAACAACCCAAUAGCAAGAGAGAUUGAAUCCGAUUUUGGGAAUAUGUCAAUUGAUAGCAUAGCAGCUGGCGGCUCCCAUGUUUGUGGAGUGAAUUCAACUGGGUUCUUGGUUUGUAAAGGAGACAACAGUUCUGGUCAGUUAGAUGUUCCUGCGAAUUCUUCAUUAAAGUAUUAUCAAUUGUCUCUUGGGGCUGAUUAUAGUUGUGCACUUAGAAGAAAUGGAUCGGUAGUUUGCUGGGGAGGAAGAGGAUUAUAUUCUGUUGAUGGAACUGUAGGGAUUUUCUUUGAGUCUAUUGUUUCAGGGUCUAAUUUCACUUGUGGGUUGACGACCAGUAAUUUUUCGAUAAUGUGUUGGGGACCUGGGUGGCCUAAUGUGGAUGAUUCUGGGGUUCAAAUUCUUCCAUUUACUGAUCAAAUUCUCCCAUGGCCGUGUGUGCAAACUUCUUGUGAAGAUAGAUUGUUUCCAGAUUCUGACAGAUUGUGUUCUGGUUCAGGAAACGUUUGCUACCCUCCUGGGUUCAAAGCUAUUGUCAUCCCAUCGCCACCGGCACCAUCACCAUUGUUACCAUCUCCUCCACCGCCGACAAUUCCGCCUUCUCCAUCAUCCUCAUCCAAGGAAUUAACAAAUGGGUUAUUGGUGUUUGCCAUUGUCGGAUCAGUAGGAGCUUUUGCUGGUAUUUGCACUAUCAUUUACUGUCUGUGGACUGGAGUUUGUUUUGGCAAAAAGAAAGUGCAUAAUUCAGUUCAACCAACAAUAAGUAGAGCUGGUUCUAAUGGUGGCACCACAUCAAACAAUAGUGGUCUUAUUUCAAGAUCAUCAACCAUUAGGCGGCAGAGCUCGAGGGCAAUGAGGCGGCAGAGGAGUGGAACCUCAUCAAAACAUGCAGAUAGAGCUGAAGAAUUUACUCUAGCUGAGCUUGCAGCAGCUACUAAUGAUUUCUCACUAGAGAACAAGAUUGGUGCAGGGAGCUUUGGUGUUGUAUAUAAAGGCAAAUUAGCUGAUGGUCGUGAAGUAGCAAUAAAGAGAGGGGAAACAGGUCAAAUGACAAAGAAAUUUCAAGAAAAAGAGAGUGCAUUUGAAUCUGAAUUAGCAUUCUUAUCAAGGCUUCACCACAAGCAUUUGGUUAGGCUUGUUGGGUAUUGCGAAGACGGGGAUGAGAAGCUUUUAGUUUAUGAGUACAUGAAAAAUGGAGCUUUAUAUGAUCAUUUACAUGACAAGAACAACAUUCAAAAGAACAGUAGUGUGAUCAAUUCAUGGAAAAUUAGGAUCAAGAUUGCAUUAGAUGCUGCGAGAGGAAUUGAAUAUCUUCACAAUUAUGCAGUCCCAACAAUAAUUCAUAGAGAUAUAAAGUCUUCCAACAUCUUGCUAGACGCGAACUGGACAGCAAGAGUUUCAGAUUUUGGAUUGUCAUUGAUGGGUCCUGAAUCUGAAAGAGAUUACAGACCAAUGAAGGCAGCAGGAACAGUUGGGUACAUUGAUCCUGAAUACUAUGGUCUAAAUGUAGUAACAGCAAAAAGUGAUGUCUAUGGCCUUGGUGUAGUAUUAUUAGAACUUUUGACAGGGAAGAGAGCCAUAUUGAAAGGUGAUGAUAAUGGAGGAACACCAACAAGUAUAGUGGAUUUUGCAGUUCCUAGGAUUAUGUCUGGUGAACUGAUUAAGGUUUUGGAUCCUAGAAUUGGUCCUCCUGAUGUUAAUGAAGCAGAGGCAGUGGAGCUUGUGGCAUACACUGCACUUCACUGUGUGAAUUUGGAAGGCAAAGACAGGCCAACUAUGACAGACAUUGUUGCUAAUUUGGAGAGAGCUUUGUCUCUCUGUGAUGGAAGCCAUGGCAGCAUCUCUAGUGGUACAAUCUCUAUUGUUUCAGAAUGAAAAAUAAUUUUUUUUUCUUAUUUUUUUAGAUCAUUUAUUUAAUACACAUUUGGAAUUGGUGUAAAGAAUUAGGAGUUUGCUUGGUUUUUUUCUUUCCUUCAAAAUUUUCCUUUAUUUUUUGCUGUUCCAAUUUUAGACAGAAUUAAUAGUUUCAUCUAACAAUGAGGUGUAGUAUAGUAAUUUAUUAACACUAACAGCAAUGAGAUUGAUUAAAUGAUUUUAUUCUCUUAAGGAA